AGCUAUUUGAUUCUCCGGUACAAAUCAGUUCUGGCUUCGGAUAUGGCCGACAGCACUGGCGAUCAAACCUUGGAUCUGACCGUCCUUGGUCUGAACAGCGGGACAUCGAUGGAUGGCAUCGAUUGUGCCCUCUGCCGCUUCCGUCAAGACACUCCGGAAUCGGCGAUGCACUUCGAGCUGUUGAAGUAUGGAGAGAUCCCGCUGGAGUCCGUCAUUAAGAAGCGGGUGAUGAACAUGAUCCUGCACAACCAAACCUCGCCGUCUGAGUUAUCCGAAGUGAAUGUCAUCCUGGGCGAGACGUUUGCAUCGGCGGUGCACCAGUUCUGCAAGGACUACAACGUCGAUAUUGACUCGAUCGACGUGUUAGGCUCCCACGGCCAGACGAUCUGGCUGCUUUCUAUGCCCAAGCCAGGCGAGACUCGAAGCGCACUAACGAUGGCCGAGGGCUCAUUCCUGGCCUCGCGAACCGGUAUCACCUCAGUGACGGACUUCCGUGUGAGCGACCAAGCUGCCGGACGCCAGGGCGCUCCGCUUAUUGCAUUUUUUGACGCCCUACUGCUACACCACCCGACUAAGUUGCGUGCGUGCCAGAACAUCGGCGGUAUCGCCAACGUAUGCUUUAUCCCACCAGACAGCCACGGCGGCGUUAACGAAACCUACGACUUUGAUACCGGCCCAGGCAAUGUUUUUAUCGACGCCGUGGUACGACAUUACUCUAACGGCGAGCGCGAGUAUGACAAAGAUGGCGAUAUGGGUGCGCGUGGUACAGUCGACCAGGAGCUCGUCGAUGACUUCCUACGCCACCCGUACUUUGGCCUAGACCCGCCUAAAACUACCGGCCGCGAGGUUUUCCGUGACACUAUUGCUCAUGAAUUUAUCACUAAGGCUGAGGCUAAGGGUCUUAGCCCGGAUGAUGUGGUCGCUACGAUCACCCGAGUUACGGCCCAGGCUAUUGUAGACCACUACCGCCGUUAUGCCCCCAAAGACCUAGAGAUCGCGGAGAUAUUCAUGUGCGGUGGCGGUGCAUAUAACCGUAACAUUACAUCAUUUAUCCAGAAGGAGUAUCCCAACACCCGUAUCAUGAUGCUAGAUGAUGCUGGAAUUCCCGCUGGCGCCAAGGAGGCAAUCACUUUCGCCUGGCAGGGUAUGGAGGCCGUGGUGGGCCGCUCCAUUCCUGUUCCCACACGCGUGGAGACUCGUCAAGAAUAUGUCCUUGGAAAGGUGUCUCCGGGAAAGAAUUACCGCAAGGUCAUGCGCCAAGGUAUGCUCUUUGGUGGUGGUCGCGAUCAUCUCUCCCCGGUGACGGAGCUAGUCAACUAUAUCGAUGGCAAAAUUUUCAACAACAAGUGGUAA